UCAGGUGUCACAGCCACACAACAACAACUGCAGGAGCAACAACUCGCAGCAACGACAAGUUGCGGCCUAAGCACGGCCGCCGCUUCAAAUUCCAAUUUAAAUCCAAGCCCAAAUCCUAGCAACAGCAACCAAAUUGAUACCAAUGCUGCUAGCAGCAGCGAUGCAACACCAGCAACUGCAACUGCAACUGCAACUGCAACAUCGACAGCGACAACGGCAACGCCAACUGCAACGUCAGGCAAUGCUUUAUUCUGCGAGCAGGUGACGACAGUGACGAGUCUGUUCGAGAAGUGGAACGAUUGUGAGCGCACAGUGGUCAUGUAUGCACUGCUGAAGCGACUGCGCUAUCCCAGCCUCAAGUUUCUACAGUAUUCCAUAGACAACAAUCUGACACAGAAUCUGGGCACCUGCCAGUCGACUCUGAACAGCGUCGUCAUUGACAUCAAUGCGAAUAAUCCAGCCUACUUGCAGAAUCUGUUGAGUGCGUACAAAGCGUGUCAGCCCAAUGAUUUGGGUGAGGGCAUGUCGUCCUCCUCGUCGGACAAGGACUCGAUGCACUGCUAUGGCAGCGACUUUCAGAUAACCAGCAGCACAAAUGCCGCCCAGCUGAGCGGCGAUGAGCGCAAAUUGUGCGCACGCAAGGAAGAUAUCCUKAACGAGGUGCUCAACAUGCUGCCACUGCUAAAACCGGGCAACGAGGAGGCCAAACAGWCCUACAUGAUGCUGAUACCGCUCGCUGUGAAGGACACCGCYCAGCAGCUGGUGCCCACGGAGCUGGUGCAGCAGAUCUUCUCCUAUAUGCUUAUACAUCCCGCCAUCGGCAGCGAUGAUCGACGCUCGCUGAAUGUGUGGCUUCGUCACCUCGAGGACUACAUACAGGCAAACAAGCGCAGYAGUUUCUUUGUGCAGCCAGAUCCGCUGCAGCUGCAGCUGCAGAUGGCCACGGGCGCCAUUUCGGACAGCUCCUCGUCGUCAUCCUCAUCGCUGGGCAAUUUGACGCGCAACGUUGACUGGCAGACGAUUGCGCCGCCCAGCAGACACCACAGCAAACAGCUGCCCAGGCAACCUGGUGAAUGGCGAGGCAGUGUGAGCGGCUCCUGCGGCUCGAUCAAUCCACUCUGUGAUAAUUUAAAUGGUAUUACACUGAACGAAUUAGCAUCUAGUCAGAAUAGCUUAGGGCUCUCCCUGGGCAGCAACUCGUCCCUGGUCAAUGGCGUCGUUGCUGGCGCUGCGGCGGGCUCCAUCAUUGGCCUUGGUGGCAACGAAGAUCAUGACACCUCCUUCAGCAAGAAUGGCACCGAAAUCCUUGACUUUGAGCCACUGCACAGUGAUGGCGUUGGCAACGGAACUGCCGAGACAAGCGGCAUAUGCAGCGCUAAYCUUAGCCAACAACAGACUCCUUCGCAAGCUGCUGCAAUUCUGCCUCAGCUGUUGCAGCCGCCUCCGCCGCCUCCCCCGCACCAGCUGGCAUACUCCUCCAUACUAAUGGGGUAUGUGGGCGAUCAGUUUGGUGACGUGAAUCGCUGGAGCCUGGACAGCAAGAUUGCCGCGCUGAAGACACGGCGCUCCAACAGCCUGACCACUCAAACGAUCUCCAGCUGCUCGUCAAACUCAUCGAACUCGUCUGUGAUUACGGUUAACGACAACUGCUCCAACUCGACGGAGAAUUUGGCUCAAUUUGCGAACAAACCGCGCAGCUUCUCGCUGUCCAUUGAGCAUCAUCGCGCUAACAGUACACUGCCGAACAGCACCUCGGACACCCGCCUCGAUGACUUCAAGCCCAGCUACAUUAAGUUCCAAACGCGCAAUSUGGGAAUGUCUGGAAUCGGCCUGUGGCUGAAGUCGCUCCGUUUGCACAAGUACAUUGAGCUGUUCAAGAAUAUGACCUACGAGGAGAUGCUGCAAAUCAGCGAGGAGUUCCUGCAGAGUGUGGGCGUGACAAAGGGCGCGUCUCACAAGUUGGCGCUGUGCAUUGAGAAGCUGAAGGAGCGCUCGCACAUUCUCAGCAGGGUGGAGCAGGAGCUGCACACGGGUCAGAUGAAGAUAAGCACCGCUAUCGAGGAACUCACMAACAUUGUGCUGACGCCCAUGAAGCCACUGGAAUCGAGUUCAGGCGAGGACAACAUUGGGUUGCGUUUCCUUAAGGUGAUCGACUUGGUUAGCAAUGCAUUGCAACAGGAUCCUUAUUGCGUGCCGGAUGAGGAAACAUUGGGUGUAUUCAUGUGGAUACUGGACCGUUCCAUACACAACGAGGCAUUUGUGAAUCAUGCCAAUCAAUUGAAGGAGCUCAAGUUUAAGCUGUCCAAGAUCAAGAUGUCCAUGGUGCCCAAGCUUCAUCAUGUGAAGACAACGAGUGCCMCAACYAGCAAUAUGAAUAARCCCAGGUGGAACGGCAAGGCUCGCAAAUGUGAUCCCAAAAAUGGCAGUAACGAUCGCAUCAAUCAUCGCAAGAACUCAAAUGAUAUGCUGAACUUUUCGCUGAACUGUUUGCAGCAUCCCAUUCAGCAUCAUCAGCAGCAGCAGCAGCAACAACAGCAACAGCAGCAGCAACAACAACAGCAGCAAUUUGACUACAACGGCGGGUAUCAGACACAGCAGUACAAGAGCUCCUCGUAUCCCAACUUUAUGAAUAAUCCCCAGCAACAACAGCAACAGCAGCAGCCGCAGCAACAACCGCCGAAGCAUCAUUCACAGCAUGCACAGCAAAUGCAGCAGAUGUUGCAGCAGCAUGCCCAGCACUUUCCAGCCUUGCCGCAGCAGACGCCGCCGCCUCAUCACAGACGCUCGCUGAAUAAUCUAAUUGUCGUUGCAGGCGGGCCGCAGCAGCCUCAGCAAAUGAUCUUUAAGCCCGGCCAGGGGAUUCUUACCAACAGCAACAACAACAAUGACAAUCUGCAGCAGCAGCAGCAGCGCAAGCCCAGCUUGAAUGGYCUUACCACUGGACCCAAUUUAAUUUCAACUGUGGAGCAGCAGCCAAAGAAAACGAUGGCCGCUGUGGUAAUGGUUAGUAAUGUGAAUCAAACUGAAUCCAACCAGCAACAGCAGCAGCAGCAGCCACCGCAAAUAUUAAUCAGCAGCAACAAUAAUAAUAGCAAUAACAAUAACAGCAGCAACAACCAUAAUAACAACAACAAUAAUUUAUUGAACAACAAUUCGAUUAAUCAUCAGCAAUUGCAAUUGCUGGCGGCUGCUGCUGCCGCCGCUGCCGUAGGUAAUGGCGGCUGUUUGUGUCCCGGUGAUGGUUGUGGUGAUGACGUCGUUGCCUGUAGCGCAAUAUGCAACAACAAUAAUAAUAACAAUAACAAUAAUAAUUUUAAUAAUAUUAACAACAAUAGAGAUCACUGCCUGUCUCAGCCGCAGCUUAUUAACUUAAGCAUGGCCUCGCUUAAGGAAGGCUUUAAUAUGCCGCCGCAUGAUUACAAAUUGAACGACUUUAAGAGCUUGGAGCAGCUGGAGACGCUCUGCCGCCAAAUGACUGAGCAGGCAAUGAAUUAGGCUGUUGGCAAUUAAUAUUUUAUCAUGUUUUUCAAACUCAAUGUUAAAUUGUUGUGUCUGUCUGUUUGUUUGUGUGUACGUGUGUGUGCGAGUAUGUGUGUAUAUUGUAGCCCAAAAGGGUUGACCGUGUUUUGUAAUCGUUUUUAGUUCUGUAAGAUAUUGAAAAGUUUGUUUAAAUAUUAAGUUUACCUUCUGUAUCUAGUGUUAGGGUAUAUGUGCGUGAGUGUAUGU